AUGGCUUCAGAAAUCGUUGGAAAACUCAAAGUUAAUUGCUUAUCGAAAAUUACGUUCGAAUGGCAAAUUGAUAACUCUUACAUUAUGGAUUGCAAGGACGCUGGCGACUUCCUCAUAUCACCGAAUUUCACGUCAUAUAGUUACAGUGGUAAAAUUCCUCACGAAAUAAAGUGGUGUCUGGAAUUGUAUCCAAAAGGAGAAAGAGAUGACGAGGAAGAUUAUUGGUCCAUUUAUGUAUUGGCGGACACGGAGAUCACAGCAUCGGGUAUCUUUAAAAUUGUAAAUAAUGAAGGUAGGAUAAUCGUGCAAAAGAAUUGUGAUAAAAGCACAUUUGCGAGUUAUAUGGCUUGUGGACUUCCACGGUUCUCAACGCAAGAUUUUCUCAUGAAAAGUGGCAUUUUGAGUAACGAUAAAAUUACAAUCGUAUGCGAAAUAACUUAUAAGCCUACAGAUGAAGAGGAUGUAGUGAAACUUCAUAAAGAAGAUCAAGGAGUGCAGAAGCAAGAAGACUAUAUUGAAGCUCGACUCGAAGUGAUUGACAAUUUCGAGGCUCUUCUCAACGACAACAAAUUCAGUGACAUGUCGCUCAUUUCGGGCGGCAAAGUCGUGAAGGCGCACAAGUGUAUACUUGCAAACAGCAGCUCAGUGUUUGCCGCAAUGUUCGAAGCUGGUAUGAAGGAAAGUCAAGAGAAUACCGUUAAAAUUCUUGAUAUCGAGUAUGACGUUCUCGUGGAGAUGGUUCGCUUUGUUUAUACUGGAAGGGCCAACAACAUCAAUGCAUUGCUCAGUGAACUCGUGUUUGCAGCGGACAAAUACGAACUUCACCUACUGAAGAAAAUCUGCGUAAAUAAGAUGCUAAAAAAUAUAAGCAUCGACAAUGUCAUCGAUUAUCUUCAAAUCGCCGACAAACUCCUUAUAGAAGAGCUAAGGGUGGAAGCUAUUAAGUUUAUUGUUGAAAAAGGGAGGAGUGAUGUCACUGACAAACCAGAGUUUAAGUUUCUGCCUCAUAAUAUCAUGUACAAAGUGUGCUGUGGUUUGUCGAGAAAGGACAAAUAG